CUCGGGGAAACCGCGGGCGCGGCACCAGGAGCGCGGCAACGGGAACGGCGCCGGGACCGGCCGGGGGACAGGAUGUGUGACAGGAACGGCGGGCGGCGCCUGCGGCAGUGGCUGAUCGAGCAGAUCGACAGCGAGCUCUACGCCGGGCUCAUCUGGGAGAACGAGGACAAGUCCAUGUUCCGCAUCCCCUGGAAGCACGCUGGCAAGCAGGACUACAACCAGGAGGUGGAUGCUUCUAUUUUCAAGGCCUGGGCUGUUUUCAAAGGCAAGUUCAAGGAGGGCGACAAAGCCGAGCCGGCCACGUGGAAGACGCGGCUCCGCUGCGCCCUGAACAAGAGCCCUGACUUUGAGGAGGUGACAGACAGGUCCCAGCUGGACAUCUCUGAGCCCUACAAGGUCUACAGGAUCGUGCCAGAGGAGGAGCAGAAGUGCAAGGCAGGGGUGGCCACCGGGAGCAGCCUGAACGAGGUCACCGACAUGGACUGCAGCUCCUCUGCCAUCGACGACCUCAUCAAAGAGCCCUCCUGUGUGGAUGAGUACCUGGGCAUCAUCAAGAGGAGCCCCUCACCCCCCCAGGAGACCUGCAGGAACCCCCCAAUACCCGACUGGUGGGUGCAGCAGCCCAGCCCUGCGUUGCCCCUGAUGAAUGGAUACUCCAGCUAUGAGCAGUAUCACUCAGGUUAUUCCCAGAUGGUGAUCAGCUUCUACUACAGCGGGAGGCUGGUGGGCCACGUCAGCACCUCGUGCUCUGAGGGCUGCAGGAUCUCCCUGGGGCAGCCCUCGGGCCACGGGGAGAAGCUCUACGCCCCCGAUGCCCUGGAGCACGUGCGGUUCCCCUCGGCCGACGCCAUCCAGAACGACCGCCAGAAGCAGAUCACCAGGAAGCUCUUUGGCCACCUGGAGAGGGGCGUCCUCCUGCACAGCAACAAGCAGGGCAUCUUCAUCAAGAGGCUGUGCCAGGGCAGGGUCUUCUGGAGUGGCAACACCAUGGCCUACAAGGACAGGCCCAACAAACUGGACCGGGAGGACGUGGUGAAGAUCUUUGACACCAACUUGUUCUUCCGAGAGCUGCAGCAGUACUACAACAACCAGGGUCGCUUCCCAGACAGCAGGGUGAUGCUGUGCUUCGGGGAGGAGUUCCCAGACGCCGUGCCCCUGAGGUGUAAACUCAUCCUUGUCCAGGUGGAGCAGCUGUACCUGAGGCAGGUGGUGGAUGAGGCUGGCAAGAGCUGCAGCUCCAGCCCCAUGCUGCCCGUGGCUGAGGAGCCCCAGCACGACCAGGGCUACCGGAUCUUCCAGGACAUCUGCACACCCCGGCCGCUCUUCCGAGAGAGCCAGCAGAUCGCCGUGUGAGCCUGUGCCCUCCCCCUGCUGGGCUGGCCUGCCCACUCCCAGACUGCUCCCACCUGUGCCUAAGGGUCUAAAAAAGUGACACUAAAAAGUGUCCUUUUUUUUCUUAUU